GGUUUUGAGCAGCUCGCGAAGAUCGGGAGAAGGGGCCUGAAAGAGGUUUGGGAAAAGGAAAUAGUCGGAGAGAGCAAGAUCUGAUGAGUAGGGUGGAUGGUCUAUGUACUCAAACUCCAGAUUUUUCAAAACAUCUAUCUUCUUGACAACCCUAAGUCAGUAUGAAGGGGUUGUACUGGAAGCAGAAUUCAUCUGGAGAAGAAACAAAUUUUGUCUUCCUGGAAAAGGAAAACCUCCCUGUUGUGAAGGACAACUCUGUGAAAGUACAGGUUAAAGCUUGUGCUCUUAGCCCGAUUGACACAAAGCUUUUGUCAGAAAUCAAGAUGGAGAAGGAAUUCCUGCCGGUUGGGAGGGAAGUUGCUGGUGUUGUAUUAGAAAUUGGAAAUAAAGUGUCGUCUUUUCAGCCACAUGAUGAGGUUGUGGGAAUUUUGCCACUGGAUUCUGAAGAGUCUGGUUUGUGUGAAGUUAUUUUCGUUCAUGAGCAUUAUCUAGCUCAUAAACCAGAAAAAAUCUCCUGGAUUGAAUCAGCAGGGACUCUUCGUGAUGGUGUUCGUGCAUACACAGCUUUACAUUAUCUUUCCUACGUCUCUACAGGAAAAACUGUGCUAGUAAUGAAUGGAGCAAGUCCAUUUGGUACAAUAGCUAUUCAGUUAGCACAACACAGAGGAGCCAAAGUAAUUUCUACAGUGUAUAGUCCUGAAGACAAGCAGUAUCUUGAGCGUCUUACACCUUCUGUGGGUGUCAAGCAACCAUUAGUAGCUCGUAUUAUAGAUGAAUCAAAUGGAAAGUAUGACCUGACAGAAAGCUGUUUGGAAGAAACCGGUGGAUUGGGAGUUGACAUCAUCCUUGAUGCAGGAGUGCGAUUACACAGUAAGGAAGAUAAUGCAACUUCACAACAAUUGUUGCCACACAAACAUGACAUCAUUACAUUGCUGAGUGUUGGAGGCCACUGGAUUACCACGGAAGAAAAUCUUCAGUUGGAUCCUCCAGAUAGUCGUUGUCUUUUCCUGAAAGGUGCUACAAUCUCUUUUCUAAAUGAUGAAGUGUGGAAUUUGUCAAAUAUGCAUCAAGGGAAGUACCUAUGCAUUUUGGAAGAUAUAAUGGAAAAGUUAGCAAAUGGUGUUUUCAGGCCUCUAUUGGAUGAGCCAAUCCCAUUAUAUGAAGCUAAAGUUUCUAUGGAAAUGGUUCAGAAAAAUCAAGCAAGAAAAAGACAAGUUGUCCAGCUGUGAAAUUUUUAAGGCAGUUUAAUUGUGUGUUAUAAAACAUUGUUCAGUGAGUUUCAGCUAAUCUUAAAGCUACGAGAUUUGAAGAAGAAGCUGAUGUUUCCUAUCAGAGCUUUAAUAUUUCUGUUAGCAUAUCUUAUAAAAAAUUGUAAGCAAUCAUGAUACAACCUCCCAUAUUUGUCCUUUCUCCUUCUUUUUCUCUCUCGUGAAUAGAAGAGGCAACAUUUCCUUUUGUCUACUGUAUUAUUUUUAUAUGCUGUUAUUGUUUGUUUACUUGGGAUUUUGACAUGCUGUAUCAGAUUAAGACAGGAGAAAUCCUAAUAAAAUUGGGAAACGUACCAUUGGAAAACCAAAGUGUA